AGAAGGAAACUGGGAAGAUAGAGUCGUUUACGCGACAUUAAAGCACGCGUAAAUAUUUAUAUUAUAGAAUAACUGGCUCUUAAAAAUAUAUUUUGUCAUCACCGUUAUAUGUAAAUGCGCUACUCGUGUUCAGUCUCUCGCGCGCACUCGGACGGUCCUAACAUCACUGUCACUUUAAUAAGAAAACUCGAGAAAAAUGUGAAAAUUAUACACCAGCCAAGUACGUGCUAUUACUAGGCCAUCUCGCGAGGAAAUCCUGUCACCAUGUCUCGGACAUUCACCAUAGAGCCAGUGGAGCAGGGAGAUGUGGAGGAUAUCAUGAAACUUCUCAAAAAAACAUUUUACAUCGACGAGCCACUUAACUCAGCAGUAGGCCUCAUCGCCUCAGAAAACGAGACAUGUUCGGAGUUGGACGAGUAUUGCAGCCAUUCACUUAUGGAAGGUCUGUCCUUCAAGGCAGUGGACGCUGAGCACAACAUAGUGGGGGUUAUGAUCAGUGGUGUUUUACCUUUGAAAGAGGAAGACGACGGCAAUGAUCUACUAAGCCAAGCGCAGCGCUGCAAGAACCCCAAGUUCAAGAAGAUUCUGUACAUCUUGGCACAAAGAGAGACGGGAGCCAAGCUCUGGGAGAAGUUCCCUAGGGAGCAAAGGCUGGUCGAAGUCAAAGUGGCGGCCACUGACCCAGGGUGGAGGAGACUCGGUAUUAUGAACGAUUUGCUUAAUACGACUGAACAAGCCACAGCACAAAGGAACAUCAGACUCAUACGAAUGGACACGUCCAGUGCCUACUCUGCCAAGUCGGCUGAAAGGUUCGGUUUUACAUGUGUGUACAAGGCUUUAUACACAGACAUCAAGAUGGACGGACGGCCGAUAAUCGUGCCAGAACCUCCGCAUGACGAGGACAGGGUUUACGUUAAAAAGUUGUUUGACUGAUUGUGUUUUUACUGUAAAUACGCUUGGACGAUGGACUAAAUAGUCGUGAUGCAUUUCUAUGAAAUUAAAUAAAACAAGAAGAAAGUCAUUAUGCUCAAAUACGGCUAAGAUAUCGCUAUAAUACACCGCCUCUGUUGACCAAUAAUCACUCGAUAUAGAAAGUUAGGAACAGACAUGUACGCAGUGUUUAAUGGAUUUUAAGAAUACUUAAAGGAAAAAUUUAAGCUGCGAGUUUAAAUCUCGCCUGAGGCGGAGUAUUUUUCUUUUAUUUCAUUAUUGUUAAUGUUGUAAUUUCGUAUGCAGACGCUUCUGUUAUGUAUGAAACUUAAUCUCCUCGAAACUUCGCCAUAAAAUCAAUCGGAAUUCGAGACCGACGACCUAUGUGAAUAUUAGAGAAGUAUUUUAGUAUAAUAUUUGUACUUACCUAUG